GUGACCACAAUGUUGCACUAUGGGAAGAACUGGAGGUCCAUGUGUAAGGGGCUCGUCCUGGGAACACUCCUGACCAGCUUCAUGCUGCUCCUCUACUCCUACGCCGUCCCACCGCUGCAAGUCAGCAUGACAGAGAUCCCUAUCCCUUAUUCCUGCUCUUCCUACCCAGCCCAGGCCAAGGUGCCAACAGAGGCAAAUGGCACCCGUGGCUCUCGAGGACAAGGCUGUCGGCCCAAGAUGGACAUUAUGUUCAUGAAGACACACAAGACAGCCAGCAGCACCAUCCUCAACAUCCUCUUCCGCUUCGGAGAGAAGCACCGCCUCAAAUUUGCCUUCCCCAAUGGCCGCAAUGACUUCUACUACCCCUCCUACUUCGAGCGGAGCCAGGUGCAGCAUUACCAGCCGGGUAUGUGCUUCAAUAUCAUCUGCAACCACAUGCGCUUCCACUACGACGAGGUGCGCAAGCUCCUGCCAGCCGACACCGUCUUCCUCACGGUGCUGCGGGACCCUGCCUACCUCUUCGAGUCUUCUUUCCACUACUUCUGGCGUGUCAUCCCCUUCACCUGGAAGCUGACGGGGGAGGACAAGCUGGCAGAGUUCCUCCGGGACCCCUGGCAUUACUAUGACCCGAAUGGGUUCAAUGCUCACUACCUCCAGAACCUGCUUUUCUUUGACUUGGGCUAUGACAACAACAUGAAUGCCAAUAGCCCGCUCGUGGAGCAGUACUUCCAAGAGAUAGAUCAGCGCUUCCAUCUCGUCAUGUUGCUCGAGUACUUUGAUGAAUCCCUGGUGCUGCUGAAGGACCUGCUGUGCUGGGAGCUCGAAGACAUCCUCUACUUCAAGCUCAACGCUCGGAAGGGCUCCACUGUCUCCAGACUGACACCUGAGCUCUAUGAGAAGGCUACUUCUUGGAACCUCAUCGAUGCCAAACUCUAUCGCUAUUUUAAUGCCACUUUCUGGCAUAAGGUGGAUAUCUAUGGGAGGGAACGAAUGGCAAAGGAUGUGGCCGAGCUGCAGCAGGCGAACGAGAAGAUGAAAAGCAUCUGCAUUGAUGGGGGUCACCCUGUGGACGCCAGUGCCAUCCAGGAGUCCUCCAUGCAGCCUUGGCAGCCACUGGGGGAAAAAUCCAUCCUGGGCUACAACUUGAAGAAAAAGAUCAACAAGAAGCACCGGAAGCUGUGCCGCAAGAUGCUGACACCCGAAAUCCAGUACCUGACGGACCUGGGGGUCAACCUCUGGAUCACCAAGCUGUGGAGCCGUGUGCGAGACUUCCUGAAGUGGUAGGCACGGAAGGGCAGCCCAUCUUCCCCUCCCCACCCAAAGAAAGAACCAGGUGCUUUCAUUUUCUUACUUCGUGAU